AUGAAUUACCAAUUUCAGAGCCUGCUGGGCGCCCCCUACCGGGGUGGCAACCUGCUCAUCCACGGCAACGAGUUGCUCACUCCUGUGGGCAACAGGGUCACUCAGAUCAACCUCACCGAGUCGGUCAGCAGCACGCUGCCGUUCGAAAACGGGCGCCAGGUGCGCACCAUCGCGGUCAGCCCCGACGGCCGCAUCCUGCUGUCGAUCGACGACGAGGGGCGGGCGGUGGUGGUCAGAAGGCGCCGCCGAGCGCUGCUCCACCACUUCUCCUUCAAGGGGCCCGUCCGUGCCGCCAAGUUCAGCCCAGAUGGCAAGUACGUGGCCUGCGCCGUGGGGCGCCUCCUCCAGGUUUGGAAGGCGCCUGGCCUGGCCAAGACCGUGGCCCCCAUGGAGCUGCACCGCACCUACGGCCACUGCCACGCCGACAUCACCGCCCUCGACUGGAGCGCCGACUCGCUCUGGCUGGCGGCGGGCGGCAAGGACCUGUCCACCCGCCUGUUCAGCAUGCACCCUCUGGAGGGAUACCGCCCGCCCACGCUGGCGGGGCACCGGGAGCCGCUGGUGGCAGUGCACUUCACCUCACCCAAGCUCCAGGAGUCGGCGGGGCUGAUUGGCAAGGAGGCCCCCCACCUCUACACGCUGGCACGAGAUGGGGCGCUGUUUGCCUGGACCAGCAGCGAGGAGGAGGAGAAGGGCGGUAGCGGCAGCAGCGGCGAGUCUGAGGAUGGCGGAGGCUCAGAGGAGGAGGAGGCGGCCGCGGGCGGGGCAGCGGCAGGCCAGCAAGCUUCGGCGGCGGCGGCGGCUGCGGCUGCAGCGGCGGCGCCGGUGCAGUCGGGCACCUUUGCGGGGGGCCACUGGAAGCUGACUGAGAAGUACUACUUCAACCAGCGCGGCGCCAAGCUGUCGGCGGCGGCCUUCCAGGGCGGGGUGGGCCUGCUGGCCGUGGGCUUCACCUCCGGCAUCUUUGAGCUGCUGCAGCUGCCAGACCUCACCACCGUCCACACCCUCUCCAUCGGCAGGGAGAAGCUGAGCUCUCUGGCCUUUAACGCCGCCGGCGACUGGAUCGCGGUGGGCUCCGCCAAGCUGGGCCAGCUGCUGGUGUGGGAGUGGCGCAGCGAGACGUAUGUGCUGAAGCAGCAGGGCCACUACUACGACGUCGCCGCCUCCGCCUACUCACCAGACGGCACCUACCUCGCCACCGCCGCCGAUGACGCCAAGGUCAAGGUGUGGACGCUGUCCAACGGAUUCUGCUUUGUCACCUUCUCAGACCACGAGGCGCCCGUCACCGCGGUGCAGUUCCUGGGCAGCGGACACGCCGUGCUGAGCGCCAGCCUGGACGGCACGGUGCGGGCGUUUGAUCUGGUGCGGUACCGCAACUUCCGCACCCUCACCACCCCCACCCCCGUCCAGUUUGUCAGCCUCGCCUGCGACCCGGCCGGCGAGGUGGUGUGCGCGGGCAGCCGCGACACCUUCCAGGUCUUUGUCUGGUCCCUCAAGACCGGGCGCCUGCUGGAGGUGCUGGCCGCGCACGAGGGCCCCGUGGUGGCGCUGCAGUUCUGCCCGGGGACGCCCCUGCUGGCCUCCGCAUCCUGGGACAAGACGGUGCGCACCUGGGAUGUGUUCAACGGCAAGGGCGCUGUGGAGGCACUGCAGCAUCAGCAUGACGUGCUGGCGCUGGCGUGGCGCCCCGACGGCAAGCAGCUGGCCUCCUCCACCUUGGACGGACAGAUCUACUUCUGGGACCCACAUGAGGCGGUACUGCAGGGAACCAUCUCGGGGCGGCGCGACAUCGCGGGCGGCCGCCUGCGCUCCGACCGCCGCACCGCCGACAACACCAGCAGCGGCCGCUGCUUCACCUCCCUCGCCUUCUCCGCAGACGGCUCCUUCCUGCUGGCAGGCGGCAGCAGCAAGUAUGUGUGUUUGUACGAUGUGGCGGAGCGCGUGAUGCUGCGCCGCUUCCAGAUCUCACACAACAAGAGCCUGGAUGGCGUGCUCGACCAGCUCAACUCCAGGAACCUGACUGAUGCGGGGCCGCUGCACCAGAUUGCCGACGAGGGCAGCGACGACGACGACCUGCUGCCGCCCACGGUGUCGGGGGGCGCCGCCGGGGAGAGCGGCCUGCCGGGCACAGGUGCGGGCAGCCGCGCCCCCGUCAUCCGCACCCGCCACGUCUCGCUGUCGCCCACCGGGCGCAGCUGGGCGGCGGCCACCACAGAGGGCCUGCUGCUCUACAGCCUGGAUGAGAGCCUAGUGUUCGACCCAACAGACCUGGCUGAGGACGUCACGCCCGCAGCCACGCUCAAGGCACUGGGCCGGGGCGCGCACCUCAAGGCGCUGCUGAUGGCUCUGCGCCUGAACGACCCGCAGCUGGUGCAGCAUAUGGUGCUCAGCACGCCGCCGCCCCAGGUGCCGCUGCUGGCCAACCAGCUGCCGGCGGCGGUGGUGCCGCGCCUGCUGGGCGCGCUGGGGGAGCUGCUGCCGCACACGCCGCACAUCGAGUACCUGCUGGGCUGGGCCAAGGCGCUGUGCGUGCGGCACGGCGCCGCCAUCCAGGCCGGCGGCGGCAGCGGCGCGCUGCCCGCGCUGCGGUCGCUGCAAAAGGCGGUGGCGCGGCUCCACGAGGACCUGGCCACCACGUGCGAGGCAAACAUGUACAGCCUGCAGUACCUGACCACCGCGGGGCGCAGCCAGCAAGCGGGCGGUGGCGGCGCGGAGGAGGCGCAGCAGCAGGAGGAGGAGGGGAUGGAAGCGUGA